AUGCGUCCCCCGACCCCGCUCACUCUCACUCUCGCACUCACGCCCCUCCUCCUCGUCACCACCACCACCGCCGCCGCCGCCGCUGCUGCUGCUGCUGCAACUACGAAUGCAACUGCAGAUGUAAACGUAAACAUCAACGUAAACACGACUGCAAAUUUAAACGCAAACGCAAACACAAACACCACACCCCAGCGCUUCUCCGUCCCCGUCCGCGACCCCACCUGCUCAAUCGACGUCUACACCGAAACGGUACGGCUGGUGCUGGGCCAGUAUACGACGAGGCGGCGGGUGGUGUACGAGACGGACAAAGCCAUGUUGGCGGAUGAGUAUGAUGGGGUGAUGUAUGGGUUUGGGUUGAGGUGGGGGGAUAAAGGGAGGGAAUGCCGCGCUCGUGUUGGAGAUAUGAAUGUUUAUUAUCAUGGGGUUGCGCGGCCGGGCGGGGUCUAUGUGGUUGAUAGUAGUGAGGAGCAGAGUGUGAAUGGGCGGGCGGCGCAUGACUGUCUAAUGGACUAUUUUACGGCCAUGUUGGUCGAGGAGUUGGGGUGUGCGGUUAAUGUGCAGGCGGAUAGAGGGGAUACGUGA